GAAGAAGAUCGUCUCACAUUCAUCAUUUUGUUUCGAUUUCUUGUGUAAGUGAUAGAUUUUUUGUUCAUAUAAUACAUAACUAUGAACGUUCGUACAUGAGAGAGAUCGUCUGCUUGAAACGGAAUGUUAUAGAGAAAUGAAACGGUGCGAUCGCAAAGAAGUGAUUCCGUGAAGCUAUAUGUGUUCAAAUCCAAAAAUGAUCUGCUCUAGCCUAUGUAGUUGGCCAAUCUUCAAUUCACUGGAAUCGAAAUUUGUCUCCCAGAUUCAUAUGGUUUUUGUAUACGGUACAUUGGGGAAUGAGGCCUUAAUCGUGACGAAGGACAAGAUGGUGUAUGGCCUAGGUAAAAACGUCAAUGAUUGUUUAGGAAUCGGGAAUAAGAAUGCCACAUUAAAGCCACAAAAAGUAGAGGCUCUAUGUGGAAAAGACAUAAAGACAUUCGCGUGUGGCAUUGGACCUCAUGUUUUGGCGCUCACAAAAGAAGGAGAACAUUGUCUUCGAAAGGUAUAUUCUUGGGGUUUCAACAAUCGUGGCCAACUUGCACAAUGUGUGAAUAAAAAGAAUAGUCUACAAGUUAUCAGUAUACCUACUUUAGUGCAACUGCGCACUCCGGAAGGCAGCGUGAGUAUGAAACGCAUUAUGAAUAUCGCGUGUGGCAGUAACCAUUCCGUCGCUAUAACCGAGGAUGGCGAGGUUUAUAUAUGCGGAGAUAAUCGUUUCAAUCAACUGGGAAAUAUUCAGAAUAGAUAUUUUAACUCAUCUGAUAAUGAGUAUUUGUUCAAACCUCAAUUAGGAAAUGAUAAUUUAGAUAGAAAGAAGAUUGUCCAUGUCUCCUGUGGCGGGACAUUCACCAUGGCUAUCACUAAAAGUCGUGAGGUGUAUGGUUGGGGCAACAAUAGUUUCGGCAAACUAGGGAUAAGGGAAAAUUAUGAGACAUAUAUAUAUACGCCGCAGCGGGUCAAUUUGGAGCAAGGUCUCGUCGUAGUCAAAGUGGUUUGCGGAAUCGAGCACACGUUGGCACUCACAGACGAAAAGAAAAUCUAUGCUUGGGGCAGAAACAAUGAUGGCCAAUUAGGGAUCGGCCACACAGAAUUUACUUCCCAACCAAUCAUGAUUAGGCCUGAAACGGAGAUAAAAUGGGUUGACAUCGCAGCUUUGAACUGCAGUAACAUAAGCGUUGCCGUCAGCGAAGAAGGACGUGUCUACGUAUGGGGUAACUGUCAUGGUGAAAAGAUCGUGACCCCAACUGUUACUCCGUUCUCAAACAUGCAUGAUGCUAUUGCACGCUAUGGACCCAGCGUUAUGCACGAACCACUGAUCCUAUAUGUGAACGGAGGGUCGGACAUAUUAGAAUGUUUAAAAACUGCUUUCAACGAUUCCUCAACGAGCGAUCUUAAAAUAGAAGUGGAGGGCCAAGUUAUCUACGUGCACAAAGCAAUUUUGAAAAUCCGCUCUUUACAUUUUAAAACCAUGUUUCAGCACAAUUGGAAAGAAAACAACCAAAGUACCAUCAAACCUGUUCAAUUUUCCUACGUUGUCUACAAAGCCUUUCUGAAGUAUUUAUACACCGAUGUAAUCGAUUUACCUAUAGAGAAGACAUCAGAACUUUUAGAUCUAGCCGAGGAAUACUGCGAGAGCAAUCUUAAGCAGUACUGCAUUCAUAUGAUAAAGCAAGGAAUUACUGUAUCAAAUGUCGCACAUUUUUAUGCAAUUGCAGUGAAGUGUAACUUACAGGAGCUAGAAAAAUUUUGUGUCAAGUUUGCCAUUAAUCACAAGUCAGUUAUGACGGAUGAUGAUUUUGUCGAACUGAUCCAGAAAAUGAUGAAAACAUUUAUAAUGAAGGUAGGCAAGGUUAGUGAUUUCAAGAAAUAAUCUCGUCUAUAUUUGCCUCAAAGACGAACGCAUAUCAGGAUGAGGAAUGGAAAUUACUGGUCUGACUGUACAGUUAUAUCUGUGAUAUAUUUUAUAAUUUCAUAUUCUGGCCAAAUAUUUCGACAUUUUGUUUAUGCAUUUCGCUAUUGCAUUUCGCUAUUAGCAUCCUUUAAAUAAAUUAUAAAGAUAUAACUGCGUCCAGUUACGAAUUGUUUCGCGUGAGAGAUUCUUUCAUCGAUUUUGGAGAAUAUAAUCUUAUCAUCUUUCAAAACCUGAGAUUAUCUCAGAAAUCGCAUAAAAAAACUAAAAUAUAAACACCAAGAGAAAUCUCGUGUUUAUGAAGACGCUGUUAUCUGUAAUGAAUUAAUUGAUAUGUUAAUUCUGUCGAACUACAAAAUUUUCAAUAAUUUCGUUUUCUUUUUAUCAUACCUGUGAUAUAGCGUAUUAAUACAUAUUUACCGUGAUUCACAAUUAUGUCUGCUUUCCGCCGAUUUUCUUUACCAGCUACAAAUGUUGUAAAUAAGUAUCUACAAUGUGAAAUAAAUGUGAAAUAAAUGAUAUUUAUCAUAAAAGUGUUUUAAACAUUUUUAAAGACAUUUUAAUUGUCAUUGCUGUGUCAUUAUGUUAUCUUUAUUUUUGGCCGCUGUUGUUUGAUAUUUUCUUAAGGUAUGUUUAUUAGAAUAUAGUGCAGCUAUAAGAACGGUAAUAAGCGAUAUGAGUGAAGCAGUGAAGAUAAUUAUAUUGAUUUCUAUAUAAGUGUUUAUAUUGAAGUGAUGCGCAGAAUAGAGUUUCGUAAUUGAUCAUCGAUAAAAACAUUGAGAAAAAAAAAAUUUGAAUUUCUACACUAUCAUCGACUAUAACAAUGUCGAGAGCCCUUAUUCUGUAACUUUUAACGAUAGUUAUAAUAACGUUACAUUGUCGUUGCAACAAUUUAUCAACAUCAACAUUAUCUAUAAGAACUAAAUUUUUUCGGUGGUACCUUUGAAAUUUUUCGAUUAUUUUUCGGUUACUAUUCAAGUUUUAUUGCUUAUAUUCUUUGUAUGCCAUGGCCCUAACAUCAAAUCGUAAAAUAUAUUUUUCGUAAUCCAUAACAGUGUGUUUCUCUUUUACAAUAAUUUAUCAGAUUCAAUAACUUAAUAGUACAUCAAAUAGAUACUCUCGUGUACAAAUCCCUUAUACAAUACACAUAGAUUAUAGAAACAAAUCAAUAAGCGCGUUCAAGUUGACAAACCGGCUAGCCUGCUCGUUGAGCAAAUGAACAUAAUUGAUAUUGAUGUUACUUAUAAAUCCAAUCAAUCAUAUAUACAAUCGCUCGGUUGUACAUGCCUAGUCGCUUUGCCGUUUUGAACUCAAUCUUUAUUGGAUUUGAUAAUACUUCAUUCUAUAGUAUAGCAAUAUUUAUUAGAUGUAUUCAGUAUUCU